AUGUCUGUUGUCUUUCUCUUCUGAGAUGAAGUCAAUCUCCCCGACGCGUCCCCGACGCGUCCGUACCUGAAACUGACUAUAAAGACUGAUAGCCAGGGGCUAUGGACAACCUUUCAUUGAGUCUCCGGGAGACUCAGAUAAGGAAAGGUGAUUUAUGUAGACGGGGAAAAUACCUACCCGUUCCAGGCCGGAGAUCGUAUUGUGGUGAAACAGCUGAUGAGAAACAAGAAAUAGCAGGAUUUCGUCUAUGGACCAGAAAUUACAGUCAGUAGCAGUAACCAGAACAGCAGUUCUCACUGAACAUAGUUCCAUCUGGAUCCAUGCUUCCAGAGCGAAGCUGGUCGAGAAAGGCCCAGGACCAGACCCAAGGAAAAAAGGAAAGGAGGUACUAACGGGGGCAGAAAGCCCUGACCUCGAACAGGACAAUCAAGGAAAGAGGGUACUAACGGGGGUAGAAAACCCUGACCCUGAAGAAGAUGAACUGCUUCCCCAAUUUUGG